AUGGCUCCGGCCGCACCUCAAAUCGCUAGAGCGAAAUUCAUCGCAGCGAAAUACCAAACCUUUGAAAGGGGAGUGAAUGCUCUAGCGGCUUACGUUACUGUUGACCCAGACGCUAUUAACGCCAAUCUACGACUCACUGACUUGAUGACAAAAAAAACCGAACUGGUGAAUCUCAUCGACGAACUGAUUAACAUUGACCCAGAAAAUGAACUCAUAACCUCAUUUGACAAUCUGACCACUCGAUACUAUGACACUGCUACUAUUGUAACCAAACUGUACAACGACGCUCACCAACCACGACCGUUACCCAACCCGUUAGCUAAUUCUACUAUGACUGCCACAAAUAUCACUGUAAGCGAACAACAAUUACGAGCGAGACUUCCAGAGAUUGAUCUCGAAAAGUUUGACGGUUCUCGCGCGAAGUGGGCUUCUUUCAAGAGCCAAUUUACCGCUCUUGUUCACAAUCAAAAUGCACUCUCCAAUGAUGCUAAGGCUCAUUACCUAUUCACGAGCGUGAUAGGCAGCGCCCGCGCUAAGAUCGAUGAGUAUGAGAUGAAUGCGGAAGAUUAUCUCAAUGCGUGGCGAGCUCUCCUCGACUUUUACGAUCACAAGCGUAUCGUAGCCACUCGGCAUCUGAAUGCCGUGCUUGAUCUUCCAAGUCGGAAAGCACAAGGACCAAAAGGAGUUCCAAAGAUUGCCGAAGCCGUGCCUAACGACGUUUUUCCACGUGAGUUCUUCGACAUCCCCAAAAACAUAAAACUAGCAGAUCCUCAGUUUCAUUUACCUAAGUCCAUUGAUGUUUUGCUAUCAUCCGGUGUCACCUUAUCAGUUUUAGCCGUUGGUCAGAUUAAACUCCAACGGGAAAAUUCCGAGAUCAUUUUGCAAAAGACAAGUUUAGGAUGGAUUGUAGCUGGUGGGAGCAUUGACCAGUCAUCUUAUAGUUCUGCGUCUUGUCACAUGGUUAAGUUAGAUAAGCUCAUCGAACGUUUUUGGCUGAUCGAAGAUCUUGAUCAUGAGCCCAAUAAAUCUCGUGAUGAGGUUGCAUGUGAACAACAUUAUAUUACUCACACCCAACGUGAUUCUUCUGGUCGUUAUAUCGUUCGUCUCCCAUUCAGAGACUCCAAAUUUGAUUUAGGUAAUUCUAAGUCUCAAGCUCUCAAACGUUUCGAUUCCCUCCAAGCAAAAUUUGCUAAGAAUCCGUCACUGAAGGUUGAGUAUUCCAAGGUGAUGGAUGAGUAUAUUUCUCUGGGUCACAUGACUCUUUGUGAGGAUAACCAAGAUGGUUAUUUUCUACCCCAUCAUGCAGUCGUAAAGGAAUCUAGUGAGACUACUAAAGUUAGAGUUGUUUUCGACGCCUCUUUUAAAACUUCUACGGGCAUUUCUCUCAAUGAUACGCUCAUGGUAGGCCCAACUAUACAAAACACUAUUUUCGAACAAGUUCUUCGUUUUCGUACUCACUCCUUUGUGAUCACUGCCGACAUCGAAAAGAUGUAUCGUCAGAUUUUAAUUCAUCCCGAUGAUCGAAAAUACCAAAGGAUUCUCUGGUAUCAUGAAGGAGAGGUCAAGACUUUCCAACUCAAUACAGUUACCUUUGGGGUAGCUGCAGCUCCAUUCCUUGCAAUUCGCACCAUUCAACAACUUGCUCGUGACGAGGCCAGAGAUUUUCCAAGAGCUAGUAAAUUACUCUUUCGUGACUUUUAUGUAGACGACUUUAUUUCUGGUUCAAAUACUCUUGAAGAACUUUUGGCAAUUCUUGAUGAAAUGAUAGCUUUGUUGCGUAGAGGAGGUUUCAUCAUUCGAAAAUGGGCUUCAAAUCAUCUAUCUGCUUUGAAUACCAUUGACAAGAAGGUGUUCGAUCUUGACUGUGUUGUCAGAGAAGAUCCCAUUCAGAAAACUUUGGGUAUCGUGUGGGAUUCUCAAAGGGACAUCCUGCAAUAUUCUGUGAGUUGUAUCGACCUUCAAGCUACUUCAACCAAAAGACAGCUUUUGUCUGAAAUCUCAAAGAUAUUUGACCCUUUAGGUUUAUUAGGACCAGUCGUAUUGUUUGCCAAAACCUUGAUUCAGGAUUGCUGGAAGGCCAAGGUUGGCUGGGACGAAUCGCUUCCUCAAGAUAUCCAUACCAAAUGGAAAUCCUUCGUUCUUCAAUCAUCAUCUCUGAAACAGGUCUCGUUUCCUCGUCAAUUUUUAAUUCCAAAUCCAACUAGGAUUGAACUUCAUGGCUUCUGUGAUGCCUGCAACUACGGUUAUGGUGCCUGCUUGUUCUUGAAAUCUGUAGACUCCUCAAAGAACGUGAUAAUUCGCUUAGUUUGUAGUAAAUCUCGAGUCGCUUCCUUGAGCGGCGUGACAAUCCCUCGAUUGGAAUUGUGCGCUGCUUCGGUUCUCAAAAAACUUUACGUCGAUGCUAAGUCUCAAUUCGAUUUUCCAAUUGAUCAAACAAUAUUCUGGUCUGAUUCCACUAUUGUUCUCGCGUGGUUGAAAAGGGCUCCUCAUCUCCUCAGAGUUUUCGAAUCCAACAAGGUUGCUGAUAUUCAAACGUUAGGUGAACAAGUUUCCUGGAGACACGUCCGUUCAGAGGACAACCCUGCAGACGCCCUUUCUAGAGGACAACUACCAGCCGACUUUCUAGAUAACUCACUUUGGACUUCAGGACCAUCUUGGCUUUCUCUGCCUUCACAAGAAUAG